UAGUACUGUACUAUCUUGUAUCCACACUGCUGUACGUGUGCCAGCUAAGCCACGCAGUACGUGUAGACACAGGUGCCAUAAGUGUCUUUGAAGGUCUUCGACAACAGUUUUUUUCUCUUUACUCUGAACUGAAGACUCGUUAGCGCCUCAGGGAGACCUGUGCAUAACAGGUCAUUGCGCCUCGCAGCGCGGGACGAGUCUGCCAGUGAACACACUAGUUCUUGGAGGAGAUCUUCCUUUCGUCUCGCGAGUUUUUAGUGCGCUGUCUCCAGUGUUGUUCGAGUCAAGACCCAAGGAGACAAAACUAACGGUCAGCCUAAGCCAAACACGUUUUCCAGAAUCAUGGUGUAUGGAUUGUUGGCCAUGCUGCUGUUUGCGUCAACUGCUCUAAGUGGGUGCGGUGCUAGCUGUGUCCCCCGCGACUGUCGCCUUGGAACACACGAACUUGAUUGCAGGCUGGCAAACUUAACCGAAAUACCACAGCUACAAGUUGGUUGUCGAUCACACAGAUUAACUAUUCUGAAUUUGUCUAAUAAUUCGAUCACGCAAAUAUCAAGCAAAAUCCUUGCAACAUAUCGAAACGUCAACUACUUGCACUUGACGAACAAUGCAAUUUCAAGGAUUACCAGCGAUUCGUUGGGUUUCCUACCCAGACUGACACAGUUAUAUCUUGACCAUAACAAAAUUGUCUAUGUGCACGAGGCGGCGUUUUCAAACCUCACCAACCUACGCGCACUAAAUCUAAAUGGCAACUUCAUUUCCCAUCUACCAGCCAUGACAUUCGCACUUGCACCUCGGCUCGUCAAAGUGUUCAUCGAAGAAAAUCCCCUUGAACUUGGACAAGGUCUGUGCUGGAUCCUACCGCCUUCAUCUGCCUUUCCUUCGUUUGACAAACGGGUGGUCCACUACCUUGAAAACAGCACCUGUCACGUGGGAAAGAGGGAUUGUUACAGUGUCGGUGGACACGGCUACGCUUGCAUGGAUUACUCGCCUGCAAUCUACACCAACAUUGUCGUACUCUGCGAGAGGUGGUCAUGCCGACGCAAUCUCAAGUCCCUCUGCGGACAGUACCGUCUGAAAAAGUGCCAAUGCCAGGGUCAAGCUGAACAGCCCUACAUUGGAAUAUCACCCUGCUCGCGCAAUGCUAGCACUUUGAGUAGUACAAUCUCCGCAGCUGCCGCCAAUCGACUUAGUAGCACAUUUGCAGCCUCCGGAACUUGCUAUGAACCCACACUCAUUACUGUUAACUCGUCAGGAGCGUUUUGCCCCGUGAUAAUACCACCUGUGUUCGUCCCUAGUUGCCUUGACGACAUGACGUCACACUUGUUCGGUGAUCUUAUGUGGAAUACCACUAGCGGUAAUGAGACGGUAACUCAGCCUUGUCCGCUCUCCGUCCUGGCUCUUUCCAGUGGUACUGUCACGGCCGACUCGAUAGAGAACUAUUCGGCAGAGCCGCUAGGGAUCUCUCGCCACUGUACUCGAUUGGAUGAUACGACCAGUGAAUGGGCCCCGGCUGACGCACAGCAGGUUGCAGAGUGUAUCGCAUUGCUAGAAAUAAGCGUGGAGCUUCUCUUGCAGAUUGAUCUGAUGCAAUUGAGCGAAGGCGAGUUGAUGCUCGCCACGUCGGCACUGCAAGGCUUGACUGGAGAAGCCGACAAGCUGACACCAAACCUCUUGACAGAUGUAUCCACAGUAGUAAAGGGUGUUGUGAACGUUGCCAGUCCCACAGAAGCGGCUGUAGCAGAUACGUCAAACACGACCAACGCAACUAAACCAAGUGAUACGACUGGUGUGGCGUUCACCACGCUUUUGAAGUUGUCCACUGACUUGGUAUCGACAGUUGGCAAUAUUCUCAGUGUUCCACCAGAAAACGUCAAGGCACAAACUGGACAAGAGUUUGUUCACUCAUUAGAACGUCUCGGUUCUACAUUGGCAAGGUCCAGCAACUUCAGCACACAUAUGGACAGUAUUACGUUGCAUGGAGACAACAUUGAUCUUGUGGCGACGUCAGCACCAGUGGAUACAUUGUCUGGCGUGCAUUUCUCUGCCGGGAAUCCAAGUGUUGAAUCCUCAGACCAUGAAUCAGGCAUUGCAAUUGACUUACCGCGUGAAGCUUUCCAACAAGGAAAUGCCACAGACAAUGAUAUCGGGAACACCAGUGCCACCCCAACAAUAUAUUUUAUCGUGUAUCGAGUCAGUACGCUAUUCAAAGAUGCCAGUAUCCAUCCUGACAUCAACCUCAGCUGGGUGAUUGCCUCUGAAGUUGUGGGUGCUGAUGAGCCUGUCGAGAAUCUGUCAGCGCCUGUCAAUGUGUCCUUUCGCAUUCCGUCGGAUAUGUGGCAUGCAGACCUGGAAACGCUGAACGCCUCCUGCGUGUACUGGGACUUUGAUAAACCGCCGUCUGGAGGUUGGAGCGAAGAUGGAUGUAUUCUCUCAGGCAUUGACAACAGUACGUCUACUGUUCUCUGUCACUGCUAUCACCUGACCAGCUUUGCAGUUCUCCUGUCCACUAGAGUUGUGAUAGACCAGUCGUCUCCAGCCCCGCUCGCACAGAGAGUGCUCAGCAUCGUCUCCUACACCGGCUGCACACUGUCUGCACUCUGUCUGCUAGUUACCAUGGUGACCAUAGUGGCUGUUAGAUCAAUGCGUCGCAACAGUCACUUUCAGCUGGUCUUCACCAUGGCAGUUAUGCUGUUCUUGGCGUUAGUCGUGUUUGUCACGGCCAUCAGACGAACAUCCGACAAGAUACUUUGCCAAACAAUAGCGGUGGCCAUACACUUCUUUCUGCUGUCCACACUGUCGUGGUCAUCGGCUGACGCCACACUCCUCUAUUAUCAGCUGGUGAAGGUGGUCGGUGCUGAUAAGGUCAAGCUGAUGAAGAAACUGAGAAUCGCUGCAGCAGCUGUUCCUCUGACCAUAGUGGCGUUAACAUGCGGCAUAACACAGAUGCAGGCCUAUGGCAAUGAUCACUUCUGCUGGAUAAAUAACUUACCUGUGUUGGACGCAUCGUUUGUUGCACCCACCGGCUUGUCACUCAUCUACAACUCAGUCGUGCUCGUGGCUGUCGUGCGCUCUAUCCGGAACAGCGCUAAACAAAAGAGCGUGAACUCACAAGGUCCGCGUUCGCGAGCUCUGCGAAUGCUGCGCUCGGUCGUGGCAAUGUCAGUCCUCUUCGGAAUGACAUGGGGGCUUGGUAUAUUUGUGACCUUCUACGACACACUGGUGUUGCAGUAUUUGUUCGCCAUUUUCAAUACACUCCAGGGAGUCUUCAUCUUUCUGCAUAUCUUCCGCGAUGUCAAGGUACGCAAGGCGUGGAUGACCGUUGGAACUAACAUAAGCUCGCGCAUCUCUUCCGGUGUGACCCAGCUACGUCGAAGCAGCACCGACCCUACGUCGUCGAUGGUUUUCACCAGCAGCAGUACACACUACAGACAACCCACCGGCAACAUGGCAGUUUCCAGCCAGUCACGUGGGCCACCACCACGCAAUACUGCCAAUACUGGCAAUAGCACUGAAAAGCGGGGCAGCCAGGCUUCCACUCCGUCCAGUGCUGAUGCCAAGCGACGCAGUUACGCACGUCAGCACAUCCAAUCUACAAACUCCAAUGCAAGCGAGAGCAGCGUAUUCCCAACAGGUUAUAGCGAGGACCAAAGGCGUAGUUUAGGCUGUUCGCAAUCCCACUGCAACUGGGAUAACAUGCCAGAGUCGUGUUUCAGUUCCAGCACGUUUCUACCGGGACAUGUGGAGAGACGAAGCUCCUGCGAACCGCAGUAUCAGACAUCAGUGGACGAGUAGCAGCAUCAACAUCACUAGUUCAACUGGGUCAGGCAUGAUAUUGCAUGGCAACAACAUAGGCAUCGCCAGUGACACAAGAAACAAUAUUCUAUUAAUAAUAUCCUUUGAGCUAUCCUUUGACUUUGUACAAUUAUUACUAAACCGGGAGCAUUCCAGCAUUUUCUGUUCCAGCACAUGAUGUGCAAUCUUGUGCUGAUGUCCACUAAUGGUGUGAUAGUACAUGUGUAGCUGUAAGAUGCAAUAUAAUUUUUUAACCAACGAACAUCAUCACCAGCGUACAGAACGACCAGCUAUGGCAAGUGCCAGCAAGGUACACCAUGUCGUGCAAUAGUUGAUUUGAAGUGAUCUCCCUUCUCUUUGGUACCUGUUUGCGUAAAGUUAAUGUAGGCGUUGAAGUAAUACCAUGGAAAUGAGUGCAUAUCGUCAAUAAUGUUGUUAUCCUAUAAGUGCCAAAGUGCCGGUUAUCAGGACUUGUUGUUGUUGUUGUUUAUUUUACUUCGCAGAUUCUAACGUGCAAGUUUCCCAAUAUCAAGAAAGCGAAGACUUGCUUGCUACUUUGUUAAUCACCACUGUUACCGACUUGAAAAGUAAAAUAGUAAUGGUACGAAAGGCCUAGUCGAAACUAUAA